GACCUUCGGUCCCGCCCGCGUCGCCAUAGGAACCUGUUGAUGUUAGGAGCCGUGUGGGAUAAGUGGGAGGGGUCGAAUUUCUGGGCGUGGGAGGAGCGCGCCCUACACCGCCUCCGCUCUGUCUAUCCCAGCCACCCCCAAGGCCCCGGUCCCAGCAGCUACCCCCAACCUCGGAGAACCGCGAGGACCAGAGAGGGCCGACAUGAAACCGGGCCGCGGACAGGAGCAGGGAGCCCCGCGAGGGGCAGGGGCGAAGGCCGUCCCGCGGCCCUUGCAAUCCAGCUAUCCCCGGCCCGGUCGCCUCCAGCGCUACCUGUGCAGCGGGGAGUUCGACCAGCUUUGUGACUUCCCCAUCUUCGAGAGCAACUUUGUCCAGGUCACUCGUUUUGGAGAGGUGGCCAACAAGGUGACCAUGGGCGUGGCGGCCACCAGCCCGGCCCUGGAGCUGCCCGACAUCCUGCUGCUGGCCGGGCCUGCCCCAGGGAAAGGGGGCCUACAACUGUUUGAGCUGAUCCCUCUCCAGUUUGCGGAGCUCUACAUCCAUGACGAGAAGCGGCAGCAGCUGAAGGUGAAACUGUGGUCGGGCCGGACCUUCUACCUGCAGCUCAGGGCUCCGGCCUCGGAAGACCAGGAGUUCGGCCGCUGGGUCCGGCUGCUCUACCGCCUGCGCUUCGACUCAGGCGCCAGGGUGCCCUUCACCCAGGCCCGCAGCGCCAAGGAGGAGGAGGAGAGGGUGAGGCUGGGGCCUGGGCUGCAGGGCUCCGCGGGCCCCGCAGCCGCUCGCCCCCGCUCCCGUGUCUCCUAGUGAAGACCGGAAGCCCCUCAGUUGUGCACAUGGAAUGCCGCCGCCGCCGCCGCCUGCCCCCCGGAGCUGGAGGCCCCAGCCGCGGGCCUCUGAGCCCAGCUCCCCAGGCUGCGGGCCUUCCAGGCUCCCCGCCCCCGCGCAGGGCCAGGACUCGGCCCCCUCCGUCCCCUGGACCCUGAGGGGCCAGAGAGAGACCUUUGUGCCGAGGACGGGCCAGCGGAGUACCCAGGCUAAUAAAGAUUCCCUAUGUGAGAACCGCA